CAAUUUUCAAUUCAGUUGCCGGUUUAGUUUUCUCCAGACGAGACGGUUGUUUGUGAUUUUUCUUUGUCCUUGUAUUUUUUCCAAUUUUUUUCCAAUAACUUUAUCAACAAAAAUGGUUCAGUUAAAAAAAUGCUGCAGUGGUCCUGGUUAUGCAACACCACUUGAUGCCAUGAAAAAAGGUCCACGUGAAAAACUGCUCUAUGUUAUCACGGUACAACCAAAUCUAGAUGAACCACAUGGUGACUAUUUGUCUACAGUUGAUGUUGAUCCAGAAAGUCCAACAUAUUGCCAAAUCAUUCAUCGAACAUACACCAAUCGCAAGAACAACGAACUCCAUCAUACUGGAUGGAAUGCCUGUUCCAGCUGUCAUUUGAUUGAUGAAAAUGCAUCAGUCGUACCAAAACGAGACAAAUUGAUUAUGCCAUGUUUGAUAUCGGACAACAUUUAUGUCGUUGAUGUUGCUAAAGAUCCACGAAAACCUGAAAUUGUCAAAGAAGUUAGUGGAGAUGUCUUGAAACAACAUAAUGUUACAGCUCCUCAUACUUCACAUUGCCUUGCCAAUGGGAAUAUUUUGAUUUCGACCAUGGGCGACAAGGAUGGCAAUACCAAGGGUGACUUUAUUCAAUUUGACUCUGAGAUGAAUUGUUUGGGAACAUGGACUAAAGGUGAUAAGAAGGCAAUUUGUGGAUAUGAUUUUUGGUAUCAACCAUAUUUCGAUGCUAUGGUAUCGACCGAAUGGGGUGCACCAAAACUUUGGCGUUCAGGUUGGAGUGAGAGCCACAUCAAAGAUUUCAGUCAAUACGGUUGUCGUUUGAAUUUCUACAAAUGGUCAACUCAAACCUUGAUACAAACCAUCGACUUGGGUUUCGAAGGUGCUACUCCAUUGGAAGUACGAUUCUUCCAUGACCCAAAACAACCUCAAGGCUAUGUUGGAUGUUGUCUAAAUUCUAAGGUCUUCCAUUUCAAAAAGAAGCCUGAUUCUGAUGAAUUUGAAGCCAAGAUGGUUAUUGACGUACCACAAAAAAAGGUCGAAGGAAUGGCUUCCGAAUAUAUUGGAGGAAUGAUGUCGGACAUUCUUAUUUCUUUGGAUGAUCGGUUUUUGUAUGUCAACAAUUGGUUGCAUGGUGAUGUUCGUCAGUAUGACAUAACUAACCCCGAGAAGCCAAAUUUAGUUGGUCAAGUUUUUCUUGGAGGUUCGAUUUGUAAAGAUUCAGGAGUUAAAGUUCUUGAAGACAAAGAGUUAACGGAACAACCACCAGCACGUAUUAUUAAAGGUCGUCGCCUUGAGGGUGGACCACAAAUGAUGCAGUUGUCUUUGGAUGGAAAGCGUCUUUAUAUUUCAACUUCAUUAUGCUCACCAUGGGAUAAACAAUUCUAUCCAAAAAUGGUUGCUGCUGGUGGAACUAUUACAAUGUUAGACAUUGAUUCGGUCAAUGGUGGAAUGAAAGUCAAUGAAGACUUUUUGGUUGAUUUUGGAAAUGAACCAUAUGGGCCAGCAUUACCGCAUGAAAUUCGUUAUCCUGGAGGAGAUUGUACCUCUGAUAUUUGGUUGGUGCCAGAUGAAAAUUAAAAACAGAGGAUUAUAUUCCCAUAAUUAUAUUUUGUACAUUUUUGUUUAUCUGAAAUAAAAUAAUUAAAUUUUAUUUAAAGUCAGUUA